UCGCACGCUGCGCCCUGGCAGCCUUCUCUUCCACCUCAACAUGGGCGCCUGAAGCCACAAAUGCCAGCCUGUCUUUCUCUCGCCGCGAGUCGCUCCGCUCCACUCCCUCACAGCCUCUCUUGGAGGCGGAGGCAAGGCUAAGACCGCCCUUCCCUCUCAGCCGUCGAGGGCCCAAGUUGUCGUCCGGGAAACCAGCAACAUCUCCGGCUUCCCAGGGUUGCUGCGGCGAAAGCGGUAAGGACCGCGGCAACCGUCUUUCGGGUGCCCAGCGUCCGGAUAGCUGGCAAAACGCAGCAAGGAGUAAAAGGUUGCUUCUCAGUUGGAUGCCACUUAGCGGUGGUUCGGAUGGUUGGCAGUCGAGAUAGGACGGCGCGGUGAGCAGUCUGGCGGACUAGUUAAUGGGUAAAUAUGUCAGAGAUCAUGAAGGAUAAAGCCACCCGCUUGGCCAAGAACAGAGGCAGCACAUCUUCUUUGGGGAGCCAUGAGAUCAGAGCAAAGGAUUUCUUUGGAAGAAACAAAGACUCUGUAAGUACUGUGUCAUAUAUGGAUGAACCUGGCCACCAUGAAGAUAGCCUGCGUCCAGCUAUUCAGAUGGAGAACACAUACCAAUUAGGUCCUACAAAGUAUUUCCCAGUCACUGCUGUGAAUAACAUCUUGAAGGAUGUGGUAGUAAGUUAUCUACAGGAAGAACAAUAUGAAGCAGAGUUGUGCAGGCAAAUGACUAAAACUAUAUCUGAGGUAAUAAAAGCCAGGAUAAAAGACCUGAUGGUACCAAGAUACAAAAUUAUUGUGAUUAUAUACAUUGGACAGCUAGGUAAACAGAGCAUGCAGAUUGGAAGCAGAUGUCUUUGGGACACUACAAGUGAUACUUUUUCUUCAUAUUCCUUUAAAAAUAGAUCAUUGUUUGCUCUUGCAAAUGUCUAUGCCCUUUAUUCUGAAUGAUGAUGCAAAAGAUGUGAACUGAAAAACAAACUAGAUCUUAUUUUUUAAUUAUACUUCUAUCCACAUUACCUCCACUACCAAUCCACAUUACCAAUCACCUCCACUAGACCGAUUAGAUCCCACAGAUUAGGCCUCCUCCGAAUUCCAUCCGCCGGC